GUCAAACACAUGCAUAUAUUGUUCUAAGUAUUAGAAAUCUUUUCAGCCUUUCAGAACAUAUACAUCUAUACAUAUUAUUAUUGCUUGAUUAUAUCAGCAGUACCAACUAGCCAUGGGUGUUCUUGGUGCAAUAGCUAAACAUUUUGAUACUAUUAUCGGGCCAGGAACAAUGCUUGUUUAUCCAUUAUAUGCAUCGAUGAGAGCUAUAGAGACUCCUUCAUCACUAGACGAUCAACAAUGGCUGACAUACUGGGUUUUAUAUUCCUUCAUUGCACUUUUUGAGCUUUCUUGUUGGCAAGUCCUCGCAUGGGUUCCUUUUUGGGCGUACAUUAAGCUGUUGUUUUGCAUGUGGUUGGUGUUUUUCAAUGGAGCAGCAUAUAUAUAUGGGAAUAUAGUGAGAAAAUAUGUGAAGAUUGGGAAUCAUAUGAUGGUCAACUCAAAUUAUCCAGAGAGUCAAAGGAAAGUUUUAGAGAUGAUGAGCCUUGACGCUAGAAACUCCAUUGAACAAUAUAUCGGUCGUUAUGGACCAGAUGCAUUCGAAAGAGUCAUCAAAGCUGCUGAGAAAGAAGCAAGGAAGCACUGAAUAAACAAACCAAGCUGUCUCACAAGCAUCAUAAAUUCAUUGCAUAGAUUGAUAAAUACAAUUAAAAAAAUCGUGUGUGUAUAUGUUUUAUAUAUACGGAUUAUAAUUAUAUCAGCAUUUUUUUAUAUAAAUAAAUGUUACAAGUAAAAGAAAACAGAGAGCCUUUUAAGCUUAAUUCAUCAAUUGAAUUUGAACAAAUUCACUGAAUUAAUGAUUUCACGAGCUUUAUUCAAUUGAUUUAUUGGUGAAUGAUACAAUAAUAUAUGUGUAUAAUAUAAUUAAUUAUAUAUAUAUAUAACGU